AUGGCCGCGUCGCGCUGCCCGGCGUGCGCCGAGCCCUGCGUGGAGCCGCGGCUCCUGCCCUGCCUGCACUCGCUGUGCGCGCCCUGCCUGCGGCGCCUGGGGACGCUGGGAGAGCCGGGCCGAGCCGCCGCCCUCAGCGUGCUGUGCCCGCUGUGCGACGCCGAGGUGGCGCUGCCGUCGGGCGGCCUCGGGCAGCUCAUCCCGGACUACACGGCGCUGGGGCGCGGCGGGGCCGCCGGCGCGGCGGGGUGCGACCUGUGCGCCGACGGAGCGGCUGCGAGGCGUUGCCAGACCUGCGGGGCGCGCCUCUGCCUCUUCUGCUGCCAGGCACACAGGAGACAGAAGAAGACUGCCUCCCAUGUUGUGAUGGAGCUGGAGAGCACCAGGGAUUGCAGCCAGGCUGAGAAGCCUUUCUUCUGCCCUUCCCAUCCCUCAGAGGAGCUGUGGCUGUUCUGCGAGCAGUGUGACCAGCCUGUAUGCCAGGAUUGCGUUGCACAAAGGCACCAGCAGCACCCCUAUGACUUCACCAGCAAUGCUGUGCACCGGCACAGGGACUCCCUGCAGAAGCUGCUGAGAAGCACCCAGCAGCGCAUGAGCACGUUAGAAGAUGUGCUGAGCCAGACUGAUGAUGUGGGCAGUGCCAUCAGUGCUCGUGCAGAGGCCGUGGCCGCGGAGAUCAGUCUGUUUGCCAGAGGAUAUGUGAAAGCGAUUGAAGAGCACCGGGACCGGCUGCUGAAGCAGCUGGAGGACCUGAAGGUGCAGAAGGAAAACCUGCUGCACUUGCAGAAGGCCCAGCUGCAGCAGCUCUUGCUGGACAUGAGGACAGGCGUGGAGUUCACAGAGCGCUUGCUGACAAGUGGCUCAGACCUGGGAAUCCUCGUCACCAAAGGGGUGGUGGCAAAUCGGCUGGCAAAGCUGAACAGUACUGCUUACAGCACCCACCCCAGAGAGGAUGACAGCAUUCAGUUCUCUCCCCAGGAGAGGGCAGGGCAAUGUCAAGGCUAUGAGGUUUUUGGGGCCAUUAUCUGCAAAACUGUUGAUCCAGCCAAAUGUACCCUGCAUGGGGAAGAUCUCUGCAGUGCCCAUCAGAAUGAGCUGACAGGCUUUACCCUACUCUGCAAUGACACCAUGGGAGAGCAGAUGGGGAGAGGAGGAGAAGCCGUGAUGGUCACCAUCACCCACAAGGACAAGAAGGACUGUGCAGUCAAACCAACAGUGUGUGAUAAUGGUGAUGGUACCUACCAUAUUUCCUACAGCCCUGAGGAGCCAGGCUUGUAUGCUGUCUGCGUCUAUGUGAAAGGGCAGCAUGUACAGGGCUCUCCAUUCAUUGUGAUGGUGAAAAGCAAGUUCCGCAAGCACCAAGGCAUGUUCCACUGCUGCACGUUUUGCUCCAGUGGAGGAAAGAAAGCUGCUCGCUGUGCCUGUGGAGGGACUAUGCCAGGUGGGUACCAAGGUUGUGGCCAUGGACACAAAGGUCACCCUGGAUGUCCCCAUUGGUCAUGCUGUGGACAAGUCAAAAUGAGCUCGGAAUGUCUGACUGCGUUGCCCAGCGACAGAUCACAGAGGAGUUUGCUCAGGACAGUGGAACUCUGAGCAGCCAGUUGAGCCUCCCUGAGUUUAGGGUCCUUCUACUGGCUGCUGAAUGAGCACGUCGCAAGGAUCCCCACAACUGCUGAAGAGCCAUGUUGCCAGAAAACAACACGGUGAUGGGUAUGAACUGAGAAAGGAGGGUGAGGGAAAAUAAAACUGUGCCUUAUAUUCUACCUGGGGUGUGUAUGCAAGGUUGUUUUGUGCCUAAACAAGAGCAAAUUCCAGGAAUUGUACCAGUGCCUGCACUUUUGACAACUCAAGACCUGUGGGUUCAUGCUCUGAGAGGAAAUUUGGAGCUACCUCAUAAGAGGGUCAAUAUGUGCCUCAUUCUGCAUGACAGACAGUCUGCUGUCCUUCUCAAAAUGGCCAAAGCUGCUUGUUGGGGCACAUUCCAGAAA